GUUAUCACCAUGGCUCCUUAUUUCAUCUUGCAGUGGAUCCUAAUGGUCCUAUUUACAGGUCUCACAGUGUCAGGCUCUCCAGUGAGAGGAGUGGUGGGUCAGAACGUCACUUUGCCCUGUAAAUACCCAGUUAAUCACCAAAAUGACAUCACAACAAUGUGCUGGGGCCGGGGCAGCUGUCCUUCUUCUCAGUGUUCUCAGACAAUUCUCCAGACGGAUGGACGGAGGGUAACAGAGCGUCAGUCCAGCAGAUACCGGUUAGAAGGGAAUCUCGCUCAGGGGGAUGUGUCCCUCACCAUCGUGAAUGCGGCAGAAGCAGACGGAGGGAUGUACUGCUGCAAAGUGGAGAUCCCUGGUUGGUUCAAUGAUCUGCUGAACAAUCUGGAAGUUGUGAUUGAGACAGUGUUACCCAUUAUGGCGCUGAAGCUGUACUGUUACCACUGCUGA